GGCACUGCUGCGGGACUGUGGUCUGCUGGGAGGACGUGGGAUCUGGGCUCUCCUGGCAUCUACUACCUGGGCAUCGCUGCCAUCGCAUGGGGUGUGGUGACACAAGUGGAAGUGGGUGCCUGGACAUACCACUACAGCGACCAAGGGGACUACACAUGGGAGCAGGCUAGGAACUACUGCCAGACCUUCUUCACUGACCUGGUGGCAAUCCAGAACAAGCAGGAGAUUGAGUACCUCAAUGAGAGCCUGCCCUUUCACGCGCGCUACUAUUGGAUCGGCAUCCGCAAGCUGGGUGGCACCUGGACCUGGGUGGGCACCAGGAAGGAGCUGACGAAGGAGGCAGAGAACUGGGCAGCUGGGGAGCCCAACAACCGCCGCUCCAACCAGGACUGUGUGGAGAUCUACAUCAAGCGGCAGCGGGAGUCGGGCAAGUGGAACGAUGAGCCCUGCAACCGGAGAAAAAAGGCGCUGUGCUACCAGGCCUCCUGUCAGCCCUUCCCAUGCAGCCAGCGCGGUGAGUGCGUGGAGACCAUCGGGAGCUACCGCUGCGAGUGCUACCCUGGCUUCUACGGCCCUGAGUGCGAGGAGGUUGUGCAGUGUGCUGAGCUGGAGCCCGAGGGAGCGCGCAUGAACUGCAGCCAUCCCUUCGGAGACUUCAGCUACAACUCCACGUGCGCGUUCCAGUGCCAGGAGGGGUUUGAGCGGCGAGGGGCAGGGACGCUGCGGUGCCUGCCUUCCCAGCAGUGGUCAGCAGAGACACCCACCUGCACAGCCAUCACCUGCCCAGUGCUGAGUGCUCCAGACCAAGGAGAAAUGAACUGCUCCCACCUCCACGGGGAUUUCACCUUCGGCUCCACAUGUUCCUUCUCCUGCCAGACGGGAUUCACACUGAUGGGGCCAGAGAGCCGUGAGUGCACGGCCACAGGGACCUGGACUGGGGACAGCCCCCGCUGUGAAGCCAUCACCUGCCCAGUGCUGAGUGCUCCAGACCGAGGAGAAAUGAACUGCUCCCACCUCCAUGGGGACUUCGCCUUUGGCUCCGCAUGUUCAUUCUCCUGUCAGACGGGGUUUGCACUGAUGGGGCCAGACAGCCGCGAGUGUACAGCCACAGGGACCUGGACUGGGGGUGCCCCACAAUGCAAAGCCAUCGCCUGCCCAGUGCUCAGUGCUCCAGACCAAGGAGAGCUGAACUGCUCCCACCUCCAUGGGGACUUUGCCUUUGGCUCCACGUGUGCCUUCUCCUGCCAGACGGGGUUCACGCUGAUGGGGCCAGAGAGCCGUGAGUGCACAGUCACAGGGACCUGGACUGGGGACUCCCCACGCUGUGAAGCUGUCGCCUGCCCAGUGCUCAGUGCUCCAGACCGAGGAGAGCUGAACUGCUCCCACCGCUAUGCAGACUUUGCCUUUGGCUCCACGUGUGCCUCCUCCUGCCAGACAGGGUUUGCACUGAUGGGGCCAGAGAGCCGCAAGUGCAUGGCCACAGGGACCUGGACUGGGGACAGCCCACACUGUGAAGCCAUCACCUGCCCGGUGCCCAGUGCUCCGGACCGAGGAGAGAUGAACUGUUCCCACCUCCACAAGGACUUUGCCUUUGGCUCCAGGUGUUCCUUCUCCUGCCAGACAGGAUUCACACUGACGGGGCCAGAGAGCCUCGACCGUGGCUGCCCGGCCACAGGGACCUGGACUGGGGACAGCCCCCGCUGUGAAGCCAUCGCCUGCCCAGUGCUCAGUGCUCCAGACCAAGGAGAGAUGAACUGCUCCCACCUCCAUGGGGACUUUGCUUUUGGCUCCACGUGUGCCUUCUCCUGCCAGACGGGAUUCACACUGAUGGGGCCAGAGAGCCGUGAGUGCACAGUCACAGGGACCUGGACUGGUGAUGCCCCACAAUGCAAAGCCAUCGCCUGCCCAGUGCUCAGUGCUCCAGACCAAGGAGAGAUGAACUGCUCCCACCUCCAUGGGGACUUUGCCUUUGGCUCCACGUGUGCCUUCUCCUGCCAGACAGGGUUUGUGCUGAUGGGGUCAGAGAGUCGCGAGUGCACAGUCAUAGGGACCUGGACUGGGGAUGCCCCACACUGUGAAGGCAUCACCUGCCCAGUGCUCAGCACUCCAGAUCAAGGAGAAAUGAACUGCUCCCACCUCCACAAGGACUUCGCCUUCGGCUCCACAUGUUAUUUCUCCUGCCACACAGGAUUCACAACAUGUUCCUUCUCCUGCCACACAGGAUUCACACUGAUGGGGCCAGAGAACCGUGAGUGCACGGCCACAGGGACCUGGACUGGGGACAGCCCACGCUGUGAAGCCAUCAAAUGCUCAGCAAUGGCCACCCCGAAGAUGGGCCAGGCUUCCUGUUCCCAUCUCCACGGGGACUUUGCUUUUGGCUCCACGUGUGCCUUCUCCUGCCAGAUGGGGUUUGUGCUGAUGGGGCCAGAGAACCGUGAGUGCACGGCCACAGGGACCUGGACUGGGGAUGCCCCACAAUGCAAAGCCAUCAGCUGCCCGGUGCUGGAACCCCCCAGCAGAGGCCGGCUGAGCUGCUCUCAUGUGCAUGGGAACUUCACGUUCAACUCCAUGUGCACCUUUUCCUGUGAGGAGGGGUUUGUUCGGGUGGGAGCACAGGAGCUCCAGUGUGCAGCCACAGGGAACUGGACCGGGCAUCCCCCUCUCUGUGCAGAGGAUGGUGCCCCCUUCUUAAAGCAAGUCCUGGCUUACAGCAGUGGCACGGCUCUGACGGUAGCUGGCAUGGUGCUCGUGGGGACACUCAUUGCCCUCCUGGCCAAGCGGCUCAGUGACAGAGAGGAGAAGAAGAAGCUCCUGAACCCCACCAGUGACCUCGGAGCGCCGGGCACCUUCACCAACGCAGCGUACGAUGCCAACCUGUAA